AUGGCAGAGAAUAUCCCACGUCUGCGCACACACAUCAGAGACGUCUCCAUGUCUGACCUCAAAGACUUCCUGGAGAGCAUCCGCAAGCAUUCGGAUAAGAUCGGAGAGACUGCCAUGAAACAGGCGCAGGUGCAGAUCGCUCGUGACAAUGCCGUGACAUCACAACAGCAGUCAGUGAGUGGACGGAGGAUACAAAAGGAAGUGUGCUCAGGCACAGAGGUGGACAGAAAUGGAAGCAACCCCUUUUCAGAAAAGGACUCUGGGAUACUGGAUGUGGAGGAUGAAGAGGAAAAUGAGAUUCCUGGUGCGCAGGACUUGGUGGACUUCUCUCCUGUGUAUCGCUGUUUACACAUCUACACUGUAUUGGGUGCCCGGGACACAUUUGAGAACUACUACAGGAAGCAGCGGCGGAAACAGGCCCGACUUGUGCUGCAGCCUCACUCUAGCAUGCAUGAAACGUUAGAGGGGUACAGGCACUACUUCAAUCAAAUUGUCGGUUUUUUUGUAGUGGAGGACCACAUCUUGCACACCACACAGGGCCUGGUUAACAGGGCUUACGUGGAAGAAUUGUGGGAGCUGGCCCUUUCAAAGACCAUUGCAGCCUUGCGUACGCAUUCAUCUUAUUGCACUGAUCCAGACCUGAUUUUAGAUCUGAAGAAUCUUAUAGUGCUGUUUGCAGACACACUGCAGGGUUAUGGUUUUCCAGUAAACCAGUUGUUUGAUAUGUUGCUGGAGAUGAGGGAUCAAUAUGGGGAGAUCCUGCUGAAAAAGUGGAACCAGUCCUUCAGGCAAAUCUUGGAUCAGGACAACUACAGCCCCAUUCCUGUGGCAUCCCCUGAAGAGUACCAACGAAUAGCAGGCCAAUUCCCCUUCCAGGAUCCAGAGCUCGACAAGAUGCCUUUUCCAAAGAAGCUGCCAUUUUCUGAAUUUGUGUCUAAAGUAUACUCACAACUCAAAGAAUUCAUCUAUGCCUGCCUGAAAUAUUCUGAGGACUUGCACCUUAGCUCUACAGAAAUUGAUGACAUGAUCCGCAAGUCUACAAACCUCCUGCUCACACGAACCCUUAGCCACUGCCUACAGUAUGCCAUAAAGAAGAAAAACGUAGGACUGGCAGAGUUGGUUCAGAUCAUCAUCAACACCACUCACCUGGAGCAGUCCUGUCACUACCUAGAAGAGUUCAUCUCCAACAUAACCAACGUGCCUCCGGAUACCAUUAAUGCCACCAAACUCUAUGGAACCUCCACCUUCAAGGACGCAAGGCAUGCCGCUGAAGAGGAGAUCUACACUAACCUGAAUCAAAAGAUUGACCAGUUUCUGCAGCUGGCUGAUUAUGAUUGGAUGGCAGCACAGGGAGGUGGGCAGGCCAGUGACUACCUGAGUGACCUCAUCGCUUUCCUCUGUAGCACUUUUGCAGUGUUCACUCACCUGCCCGGGAAGGUUGCUCAGACGGCAUGUAUGUCAGCUUGUAAACACCUUUCAACCUCCCUGCUGCAGCUGCUAUUGGAGGCUGAUGUCAGGCAAGUGUCUAUGGGAGCCCUGCAGCAGUUCAACGUGGAUGUCAAAGAGUGCGAGAUUACUGGAUCUCUUCACUCAGUGGGACUGGUCCACGUAUCUGGCUGACUACGGCCGACCCACCUGCAAGUACCUGAGAGUCAAUCCUCACACGGCUCUGGCCCUCAUAGAGAAGAUGAAGGACACCAGCCGCAAGAACAACAUGUUUGCUCAGUUCCGUAAAAAUGAACGGGACAAGCAAAAGCUCAUAGACACUGUCGUCAAGCAGCUGAGAAAUCUCAUCGCCACCAACCAGGCCUGAGAAAGCCAUCGCAUCAGCACACGGCCCCACGUCUUGAUAAGUUGCCACCAGACUGCGCUUGCACACCUCCAAUAGUCGGACGUAUUGUUCUUUUCCCACACAGACACCUGCACUAUCAUGCACAUAUAUAGACGCACCUCUCUGAAAGGUGCGCCUGCUAAACCAUCCCGUGCCCUUGUGAUAUGGUAUCCAUGUCUUCCUAUGUGACUACCUGAACACAAUAAGGACAAAACAAAUCACAUAUUGCUCUUUAAAACAGGUUUCGGUUGCCUUUUAUUGUCUUGUAUUGGGUGUCAAAAGGACUGUUCUCCUGUCACACAAUUUGAAUGGCCUUUACAAUAGUUCUAAAGUAUUAUUUCUCUCAUUUUGAAUUUGACAAAUAGUUACUCUGUAAUGUGGAUAUUACUUAAAUUGCUGCAAAGUUAAAGGAAAUUGGAACACUAACUAAACUUGAAUAUUGCCGUCAUCAUUUCUAACAUAUCAAAUUUAAAGGGAUAGUUCCCCUAAAAAUGAUCAUUUACUCACCCUUCUUUCAUUCCA